AUGGGGAAAAUAGACACCACAUCAGUGGAGCUGCACUCCCCUUCUGAGGUAAAGGAAGCAGCUCUUGGGGAGACAGAGUCCAAAGUUUCAGAAGAAGAGGACACCAGCCAGAAGAACAAAGAGAUCCCUGACAGAGGCUCUUGGAAAGGCAAAUUUGACUUCCUGCUCUCCUGCAUAGGAUAUGCCAUUGGCUUGGGCAAUGUUUGGCGCUUCCCGUAUCUCUGUGGCAAGAAUGGAGGAGGCGCCUUCCUGAUCCCUUACUUCCUGACUCUGGUGUUUGCUGGGAUUCCGCUUUUUCUGCUGGAGACAGCUCUUGGGCAGUACACCUCUGCUGGUGGCCUCGGAGUCUGGAGAUUAGCGCCCAUGUUUAAAGGAGUGGGCCUGGCUGCUGUGGUUCUCUCCUUCUGGUUGAAUAUCUAUUACGUUGUCAUCAUUGCCUGGGCACUGUAUUACCUCUUCAGCUCUUUCACUGUGAACUUGCCAUGGCAGGGCUGUGGAAAUGCCUGGAACACAGACAGAUGCUUUUCCAACUACUCCCUCAACGACACCACCAACCGGACCAGCGCUGUGACCGAGUUCUGGGAGAGAAAUAUGCACCAGCUUUCCGGAGGUUUGGGGGAGCCGGGUAAUAUCCGAUGGCCUUUGGCUGGCACGCUUGCAUUAGCCUGGGUUCUGGUCUAUUUCUCUAUCUGGAAAGGUGUUGAGUGGACCGGAAAGGUUGUAUACUUCUCAGCUACUUAUCCUUACUUCAUGUUAUUUAUUCUGUUCUUUCGUGGAGUCACCUUGCCAGGAGCCAAGGAGGGAAUCCUCUUUUAUAUUACCCCAGAUUUUAGCAAACUCUCCCAGUCUGAGGUUUGGAUGGAUGCAGCCACACAGAUCUUUUUCUCCUAUGGUCUAGGACUGGGGUCACUGAUCGCCUUGGGAAGUUAUAACACUUUCCAUAACAAUGUCUACAGAGACUCCAUCAUCGUUUGUGGCAUAAAUUCUACCACAAGCAUCUUCGCAGGAUUUCUGAUUUUCUCCAUUGUGGGCUUCAUGGCUCACAUCACUAAGAAGUCAAUACCUGAGCUGGCAUCAUCAGGUCCAGGACUGGCCUUCCUUGCCUAUCCACAGGUGGUCACGCAGCUCCCGAUGUCCCCACUCUGGUCAAUCCUCUUCUUUUCCAUGCUGAUGAUGCUUGGCCUCGACAGCCAGUUUUGCACUGUGGAAGGCUUCGUCACAGCCCUGAUGGACGAGUAUCCACAUUUGCUGAGAGCAAGGAAGAAAAUCUUCAUUGCUGUGGUGUGUUUAAUCUCUUACCUCAUUGGAUUCUCCAACAUCACCCAGGGCGGCAUCUAUGUUUUCAAGCUGUUUGAUUAUUACUCAGCCAGCGGCAUGUGUCUCCUCUUCCUCGUCUUCUUUGAGACAAUCUCCAUUUCCUGGUGUUACGGUGUGAACAGAUUUUACAAUAACAUCGAAGAGAUGAUUGGCUAUAAGCCUUGCAGUUGGUGGAAGAUCUGCUGGGCCUUCUUCACUCCCCUUGUCUGUUUGGGGGUUUUCUUCUUUAGUGUGGUUGAAAUGACUCCCCUAAGCCUGGGGAAAUACAUCUAUCCCACUUGGGGUCAAGGAAUAGGCUGGCUCAUGGCCCUGUCCUCUAUGAUCUUGAUCCCAGGAUAUAUGGUGUACUUCUUCUUCUUCGCUGCAAAGGGGACAGUCAGGCAGCUGAAUUUUUGAUAGCCACUGUGUAUAUUCACAUGAUAAAACUUAUGCUAUAACUGGACAGUAAAAGAGGAACUGGUGGCAAGGAGUAUACGACAAUGGAGUGUGAAAAUGGCAACUGG